UGUUGCGCACUUGGCGGCACGCACAGACGGCGCACCGCAGCUCCGUGGAUGGACGGAGCCACUAAUGGACUUCUGCUAAUUACAUUUAGAGGCGCGUCUACGGCUGGAUUCCUAUCUGAUCCUAUCUUAUCCCCCAAUUUCACACGGGCUCCUUUCCAGCGCCGCAUCUGAGCAGAUCCAGACUUUUACGCAGCGUGGAGCGCUGCGCCAAGGGACGCUCGAGAUUGUCCAAAGCACGGAGCUACGAAAGCUUCAACAGCCAUAAAAGCCUCUUCGAGAGAUGCUCAACGGCGCAAAGAGCUGAAGCCUGGCCGACCCAUGCGCAUCCCUGUGCACUCACACACCAAAGAGUUUCAGACACCAGUGUUGCAGCAGUGAGUCUGUGUGUGGUUUCUGUAUACACACCGUGCUGAGUUUGAAGCACUGUGGCGUCGAGGACUUAAGCCAGAGAGUAUGAUUCAACUGUCCACCUCAGUCUGCCUGCUGGGAGGCCUGUUUCUGAUAGCUCCUGUUCUGAUGGCCCCGACGCCAGCCAACAUGUGCAGACCCCUGAAGACGCUCAACGACAGCCUCAGCCACCGGCGACGGUACAUGAAGCACAACUUCCCCAUCAACUACACCAUCAGGGUUCACCACAAGGAAAUCUUUAAACUGUCAAACAUCAACAAAAUGAGGUUAAAUGUAGAGGCGUUGGAUGACCUGGUUCUCCAGAGGCUGUGGUUUCAAGUCAACCAAGGCGUCUUGAAAAAGAUCCUCCGGGUUAUGCCAGAGAGACAUCCUUCGCGUCCAUACACCGCUGAGUUGGAAAAACGUUUCAGGGAUGCUGAGGGAGUCUUUGUGGAGUCCCAUCCUGCUGAGGUGUUCCAGCAAGAGCUUCCAGACACAAUCCAGGACAUUUGGGAUGGUUUAACAGAGGAGCCUGACAGAGUGCCAGACUUCAGCUGGCGAUUUGCUUCUCCAAAAUCCCUCUUGGACAACCUCUGCCACACCAUGUUCUGCCUGUUCAGCGAGUGCUUCGCCAGCACAGAACCUCAGCAAGACUGUGUAGCAAUGUGUCCGCCUAGCCUUGUGGAAGACUACGAUGACGUGCAAUGAGUGCAAGGGCAGAGUGCGUGCAAGUAGGCAGAUUGUGGCAUAUCCCGUUGGAGGAAGGGUAGGAAGAAAGACUUACAACCCGAAAGCUGAGAAGAAGCCAGCGGAGCAACGUCCCUAUCGAUAAUAAUUAGGGAUUAGUGUUGUUGUCUCCCUUGAACUGGAGGUAGAGGGGUAAAAGGACAACACUGAAACAAGAAAGUUCAGUCCUGAAUUGUGAACAUCAAUAAGUCUUUCCCAAAUGUGCCAAACGGAGCCAAGAUUGUCUCGAUGACGGAACCCUGACACGGCUCCAUCGGCCAAAGUAGACGGAAGUUGCGGGCACAGUAGCAGCUUCUGUGAUGAGCACCUGGACUUUCUAUUAAAAUGAAAAAAAAAAAGCUCAGUUUUAAGUAAAUAGCUUCCACUCAUCAGAUUUUCCAAUUCUCUGCCAGUCAGGAAGCCUGAGGUUUUCUGCAUUUCUCAGAAUUGAUGGUGUUUCACUCUGGUUACUAGGUUUGGAAGAGAUUUGUUUAUGUUCACAUAUAUUGUCUAAACUGUUGUAUGAUCAGUGUAUUAUUUUUUUAAGUGGAUUCUUUAAAAAGGAGGCACAAGCUGCUUACUUCUUGUCAGCAAACGCUUUAUUUCCAUCGCUAUGGCUUUGCCAAAUCUCAAAAAGCGCGCACUGUGUUCCAGUGGACCUGCAUGGUUUCAUCUAAGAAACCGACAACAGAGACUUUGCAUUGGAUUAUACUGAGAAGCAUCCACUGACUGUGUCCCAUCGCCAGACUUCUCUUCUCUGAACACCUUCUUUAAACAUCAGUGAGCUGAAGGAGCCGUUUAAAUGAACUCCAACCCUGAACGCAGACUGGUAACUACUGUUUUCUCUUCUCUGUUUUAUGCUGUUUGCCCAAAUUCCAUAACCAAAAACAGACAAAGAAAUAAGUUCAUUUUUGCCCACCCUGCAUAUUUCUUUCUUUAUGUUUAUAAUGCACGAAGAAGGAGAGUUGAACCUGGAGAAAAAAAUGACAUCCAUUAUGUCUGUCUGUCCAAGCGUUCAGUAUUUUACGGUGGAUCUGUUAUUGAAUGUUUUCAUGACUUAUUACAUGUACAGAGCUUAAAGAAUGAUCAUUACCAUUUCAAGCAUGAAGUAACAUCACAGAACUUUAUAGUCUGGCCCCAAAUCUAUAUAAAUAAGCAGCUGCCAUGGUAUUUGGCCAAUAGAUAAAGAUUUGCAGGAAGAAAGGAUGAUAGGUUGCAUUUUUCUUGACACAAAAUUGGCACUGCAGUCUGGUUUUGGGCUAUUUUGAACGGAAUUUUAACUAUGAAAAGCUGUAUAGAUGAAAUCUGAACCUGAACUUGGCGCAGUUGCAAACACAAGCACCGAGUUGGUUCUCAAGAUUUAAGUCAUUUACACUCUCAAGCUCUUUGACCCCAACAUGUUCUGACUGAGAUUUUACCUCAAAACAAAUCAGUAUUACCUACCCGUCUGAGAAGCUGUUUAGGUUCUAACAGUGCUUCUGUUCCCCCACCCCCCUAAGAGCACAGGUCAAAUCGAGGAAGGUUUUGAAGAAGUAACACAAACAGCAAUAUACAAACGGGUGACAAAUUAAAGGAAAAACCAAACAUAAAGUCUCUCACUACAGUGUUGGAUCUCUAUCUGCCACCAGAAGAGCUUAAAUGCACCUUGGCAUUGAUUCUUCAAGUCUCUGGAGAGUUAAAACAUAAUUCCUACAAAAGCUACUUCCUCCUUUAGUGUUCUAAUGAUGGUGGAGGAGGAAACUAUCUUAACACGUCGUUCCAAAAUCAAUCAGAGGUGUUUAAUUUGGUUGAGAUCUGGUGACUGCAAAGGCUACAGCAUGUGAUUCUCUUUCAUACUCGUCAAACCAUGAAGGUAAAUUUAGUUUGAACAUUUACUUGCAAAUUUUGAGCAUCAGACACUCAAUUUUUCUUGCAUUCUGGUGAGAUUUGUGCAUUUUUAGCAUAAUUUAUGGUGAAAAUGAAACGAGAAACACAAAAUUCAAGUCUACGUUCCAAGGACAGUGCAAAAUAUUGAGACGAUAAAGCAGUUAAGUUCUCAGUUCUUCUGAGUUUGUUAUCCUGUAGAUCAACUCAUUUCAUUUUAUCCCUGCUGAGUCAACACACCUGAAGUCACGAGUUACUCUUUAAGUGCACAUGUGGCACCUUUUCCAAUAUUAAUGAAUUUAUUCAUGUUAAUUUCUUCAUAAACCGUUGGGCUUUAUUAGCUCAUUUAUGUUUCAGCAAGAUUUCUAUCAAAAAUGUCUCCAUGUUUAGAAUAUAUCAGACAUAUCUGUUUGAUAUGCUCAAGGAAAAAAAAAAACUUUCUUACCUUCUUGUUUUUACUUGUGUUUACAUCAAAGCAUGGAACAGUUCAGCGAGCCCUCGUGCCCUCUGCAUCGGACGUACUGUCAUCCUGGAAGACAGAGCUCCCAUCAGGACAGUAAAGUUUUGUCAUAGGAUAUGUAGGUGGUCACAACACAACAGAGCCACAGGAUCCCCUCACUGUAGAAAUCAAGGCUCAUGUUUUUUCUGUAAUUUGUCACCUGUCUGUACAUUGUAGAGGUUAUGCUUUUUUUUUGUAAUAUACACUUUGACUGUGAGGCCCAGUGUGUAAAAUUUGUGGAGGGAAAAAGCUGGAAAAUGAAGACAAAUCAUCUUUUAUUUUGUAUAAUGUGACAUGGAAUGUCUUUGGGACGUAUUCAGGCCAACAUGAGCAACAGUUUUUAAACGAAGAAUCCACUUAAACCCCAAAACCUGUGCAUGGGAGAAACUGGGGAGACUGUUAUGGUGACUCAGUGCUGUUGUAGAUUUUUAUUCUACAUGUACAAAGAUACGUUUGUUGACUGAAAUAAGUAGUUUAUUAGUAGACAUACUGCACAUAUUUAAUAAAGGAUUGGCAAAUAGCUCCAUUGUUUCUGUAACAGCAGGCAUAUCUGCUUGGAGUCACAGUCAAUGUCAUGCUAAAGCUCCUGAAAAAUGUGCCCUUUGCACAAACAUACUUCCACAGCAGUAGCAGGAAUUAGAGGUCGGCCAACAUGUUUUUUUUUUUUGUUUGUUUGUUUGUUUGUUUUUUUUGCAGAGCUGAUACAUGAUAUUGCUGAUAUUAGUAAUCCAGGAGAUAUUUAGACACCGUUUAGAGCCGAUAGCGUGGAGUAAAAAUUUAAAUCUUGGUGUCAAAAUUUAGAAUAACACAAACUCCAACACAAAAAUUUGUUGCAAUACGAUUAUCUACUUUAAUAACAUUUAUCCUUCAGUGUUACUUAUAAUAUAUAACCGAUCUGAUCCAUCAGAUGUUCCUCCAGACUGCAGCGAGACUACUCCAGAGCCAAAGUCGUACAUUUUUAAAGGUAUUUAUUUUAGUGGAUGUCAGUUUAAACUUAAUGACGAUGUCGAUGUUGUAGCUUCAGCCUUCUCCUGUACACUGCAACACCUUGUAUUCAUACAAACAUGUAACUGAGAUGGAUGAAAACCUCCACUUAUCCCAGUGUUUUAUGUGCGCCAAUACAAACCACUGGUAUAGAUAUUGGGCCACCUAACACGUAGUGACUGCAGCGUUGGGAAAUAAAAGGUCCAAUUGGUACAAAUGUUUCACAGCUGGCCUGAGAAAGCAAAGCACCCGUUGUGUCAAGGUUAACAACAUGUGCUGGAGUGCAUAAUAGUUUCCACACAUACAGCGCAUCUUUGUUGCAUUUUAAUUAGCUCUUGUUUUUAGCUCAAGUAGGCAGAAUGAAGUAAAACUGGACUAAAUCGUUUGCUCAGGUAAACCAGCAAGUUAAAGUUGAUUUUAUUCAUCUUGCAGCUUCCUGGUCAUUCUGGCUUCUAACCAUGAAACUAAAACCUGCCAUUCUGCAGUAUUUAACAAAUAUAAGCACAUGUUUGCUGUGUCCUGUUAAGGUGGCUGAAGUGUAAAAUGGCUCAUUCAGUUUUUCAACCGUUUUUCAGGGUUGAAGGGACACACAAAGGCCCAUUCAUAAAUGUUGAGAUUUCAAUGCACCCUUGGUUUUAUUUUACAUGCUUCACUUGAUUUGCGAUGGUUUUGGGUGUUGAUAAGCUGCGUACGAUGUUCUCCUUCUUCGCGACUUAAUCCAUUGUAGGAGGUUUAGUGAUAGUAAAAAAUAGUGGACGCGGUCCACCUACUUGGAGGCAAUUGAACUUAUGAGGCACUUGGUUUAUGUAGGCAACUUUCACUUACUACAGUCCAAUAAAUAAAAAAAACAAAAACACUUUCUUUUGACUAGAUCACUCCAUCAGAUUUGGUGUUUUACUGGAUCUAACAGACCUGCUUUGAAAUGAGGCUAAGAGAGAUUAUAAUGUAUUUGUUGGACACACACAGGCAAACACGUUUUGCAACAUGUUUUUGGUUUGACAUUUGGAUUAUUAAUCUUAAAACUGCGCUUCAUUUGCUGCAACCUUUCAGCCACAACUAGAUCAUAUUCAUAACUGGACUGGAGUCAAGGGCUCUAGACUGUUUGCUUCAUUCGCUCACUGUUUUUCCAAGACUUGUUGUUUUUGCAUGUUAGUCAGUUGUUGUGACUUUUAUCUCGAUGCACCUGCUUCAUCGCCUGCAAAUCCUGACAUGCUGGUUCAGUCAGUUUAUGGUGUAACAUUCCCUUGUCCCUUCAUUGCUUUCGUGAUAGCUGUGUGUGUGACUUUACAGUUGUUGUUCCUAAGAAUUUAUUUCAAAAAGACAGUUAUGUGUUUUCAUUUUUUAAGAAAUUACUUGGUAACCAAAAGUGAAAGAAGGCAUUAGUCCCAUCAACAAAAACAAACACCCAAAACAAAUGAAAUAGAAAUUAGUAAUGUCAUUUUAAGAUUUUGCAUUACAUGAAGUAGUAUUUAUUACGCAGUUUAAUUAAUGUGCUUCAUUUUGACUUGAGUUACUUCUAAGAGUGGACAAAGUAUGUGUCUGUGAAAGUUUUCUUUGUAUGUAAAAAUGCCAGAGUUGCAGAUGGUGCAUUCAAGCCUUUGCAAGCCUGAUUGCGCUUUAGGCAGGAAGAGGGAUGACGUUUAGUUAUUAUGUUAUACUGUAUAUACAGUUUUUAAGGGGCAAAACUCCUCAGAGUCCUCAUAUGCAAAAGAAGCUCGAAAAGACAUAAGGAAUUAAUUGAUGUAUUUCUAUAAAUUUAUAGAGUGUAUUUGUAUUAUACUUUAUCAAUCAUAUGUAACUGUAUGGUUGUCCUUUUGUAACCAUAAGAGCAUUUUAAGGUAUAUUUAGAGAUCCCUAAUUGUGAAAAAUAAAGCGAUAUUUCCCACAGCUGUCCAGCAGCCGCAGCAGCAGCAGCAGCAGAGAUAACUGCAGCCACAUGGACGGCUGUGGUCUGAUGACAGAUUUUAGAAACAGAUUUUUUUUAUACACAAGAUAUUGAAUAUUUAUUUUUUGGAAAUGUAUAAUGCUAUGUGACAAUACUUUUAUGAAAGAAAUACAAAAAUAAAUCACUAUUUUUAUCAACUAA